GCUAGGUGUCACUACACCAGAAAAACCCUCCCUUUCCAUAUCUCUCCCUCUCUCUUUCUACAUCCAAUCUCUCUCAUGGAGCCAAAGAAGAAGAAGAAAGAGAAGGUAGUGCCGCGCACGCAGCAAACGUGCGCCACUCCGUUCUGCUUCUUCUGCGCCAUGAAAGAGCAAGACCCAUGUCGUAGAAGAGCUGGCGUGGAGAAAUGCUUUUUAGAGAUGCCACAAAGGGACGAUCAAGAGCAUGUUUUGGUCUUGAGUGGGCUCUGGAACAUUGCCAUGGCCCACCCCAACGACCCUGAAUUCCCAUCCCUUGGUAUCUUCAAAUGCAUGGCCCACCUCAUUUCCAGAGGCGUCGAUGACCGUUCAUGGCUCCUUCAAGAUCAAAACAUAUACAUCCCUUACUACGCCGCUCACAUCAUCGGCUCCUAUACCAUGAACGAACCAGAAUUCGCCACGAUAGCCAUCCGGUCGGGUGUAAUCCCACCCUUGCUCGAGCUUCUCAGAGGGAAGCUGAGUUGGGUCGAGCAACGAGUCGCGGUUCGAGCACUCGGACACCUUGCCAGCUACGAAACAACGUUCUACGCAGUUUCGAAGCAUGAAGAAGAGAUAGUAAAGCUCGCCAUGCACGUGGCUUCCACUUGCCUUGAGAUGGUGUACGUUAAGUUCGUGGGGGUGAAUGAUAAGAAGAGUAGGUUGCGGUAUCAGUGCGAUCUUCUGACGAGAGGUAUGGGUGGUUUGGAGAUGGAGAAUCGGAAGGCGGAGGAAUGGGCUAGCCAGCUUCAGUGCUGGUCUCUCUACCUUCUAAACUGCUUUGCAUGCAAGGAAAGAGCUCUUCAUCUGAUUUGCAGAGAUGGGUUCUUGAAGGAAUUAUGCAAGAUGUGGGGUGGACUCGUUAAUGACACUUCUCCAUCUGGUGUUGGACUUUUGCGGAUUCUUUGUUAUAGUAAGAUGGGAAGGAAGUGUAUUGCUGAUUGUCGGGAGGUGAUAGAGAGUCUCUGUAAUCUCUCAAGGUCUUCAGAUGACUGGCAGUACAUGGCUAUUGAUUGUCUUCUGUUACUUAUAAAAGAUACAGAUACCAGAUUUAAAGUUAUGGAGAUUGCUGCUGUUUUUCUUGCAGAUUUGGUAGAACUUAAAGAGAUUGGUGGGAGAAAGAAAGUAGGAGAAGCAAUUGCACAAGCUCUUUUGUUGGAUUAUAAAGAUGGAAAAUUCAAAAACAAGAAGAAUAGAGUAUUGGAAGAGGUGUGGGAUUUGAAGGUGGAAAGGAGUAAGAGAGAGAAAACCAUGUCGAGAGAAGAAGCUGAAGAGAAAUGGGUAUUGGCGGUAUCGAAAAAACAACAAGGGAAUGAGAGGUUUUGGGCUGGAGAUGUUGAAGAAGCGGCGGAAUUUUAUUCAGAAGCUUUGGAUUCGUGUCCUUUGAAGAUGAGGAAAGAGAGGAUGGUUGUUUAUAGUAACAGAGCUCAAUGCUAUUUACUUCUGAGAGAGGCUGAUAAGGCGGUUAGUGACGCUACUCGGGCGCUUUGUCUUGCAACACCGGCGAAUUCUCAUAAGAAGAGUUUGUGGAGGAGGUCGCAGGCGUAUGAUAUGAAGGGAUUGGGGAAGGAGAGUUUGAUAGAUUGUGUGGUGUUUGUCAAUGGAUGGUUUGGAUUGAAUGAGAGGAAGAAAGGUAAGGUCCCUUAUUAUGCUUCCAGGAUGAUUAAUAAGCAGAUGAAUGCCACGUGGCUUUUUGCUGGGGCCCAGCGUAAGAAAUCAAACGGAAAUGGUGGUGGUGAUGAUGAUGAUGGUGAUAUGAUGAAGAAGGACGAGAAAGCAAAGGAGAACAUGGCUUCUGUAUCAGGUCUGUCCACGAUCAUGGAAGAGCCGUCGUAUGAGAAAGGGAGACUGGGAAGGGCGGAAAGGUCGGGUACGAGAAAGAAAGGAGACGCCACUGCAAGGUCGUGUUUGUAUUGAUUUCAGUCAACGAAUUUUCAAGAAAUAUUAUUACUUUUAAAUCCGCAAAAUGGCCAAUACUAACCAUAAAAUUACGUACGUGCCAUCGUACGUUUGUAAAUCGACCUACUUCUGCUGCCUAUGUUGCGACUGAGGAUUGUUCGUGCAUUGCCACCCACUGGAGCUAACAUGCUUAGUAUUCUGAUGAUCGGAACGGUCAAUAUGAUGUAAUGAAUGGGUUGUAUUUUAUUUGAGUAUUGUAGAUGAGUUUAGAAUUAUUUAAAGAAUUAUUUUCAAUCGAUA